AUUAUCGUUAGAUUUUAACUGCUCUCUUCUGAAAUGUCUGAUAAACAAGUUUCUAAUCCAAAUUCAAGGACUCCAUCACCAACAAAACUUUAUUAUUACACAGAUAAUGAUGGAUGGUCUGAACUAGAUCCAAAUACACCGCCGUCACAAAAACCUAUCGGUGGAACAUGGGUAUCAGUUGAAGAGGAUACGGACGGAAAUGGGAACAGGCGAGCUAUGCAUAUAAAAACUUCUGUAAAACAUGACAUGAAUAAACCUGUUCGUCAACAAGGUGUUAUGGUGACAACAAAUUUAACACCAGAAAGCAAUUCUGGUAAACAAUCCCCAGUACAAGCGAUUGUCUUUCAAACUAAUCAACCAUUGACUAAUAUCACCAUUCCAACAGACAUAACAAUAUGUCCAGAAGGAUCAAAUAAUCCAGUCAAAACAAUCGGUGAAUUACUUUCAUCUGCUACAAAGUCAUCAUCAAAUGAACCAACGUCAACAAAUCAGAAUUUUCUUGAGGAUAACAAUGACAGCCAUACAAACUGUAGUAACAGUAAUAAUAAUGAUGAUGAUGAUGAUCUAAUUGUUAUGGAGGGAGGAGUGUUGGACACAAAUAAUUCUAAUUGUUCUAUGUAUCAUCCAGUGUUGUGUCAAACCAACUAUAAUCAUCACCAUUUAGUAAACAGUCGACCUAUAUAUCAUCAUUAUGCGAAUAAAAAUGUCACAAAACGUCAGUGUAAUACAACCUUCAAAUGUUUUUCACUUCCUGUAUUCAAUAAUAAUGAUUCAACUCAGAUAUUACAAUCAGAAAGAGUAGAACAGAAUCCUGUGAAACCAUUUUUAAUAACCUCUUCUGCAAGACAAAGAAAUCAAAUUGGAAGAAGACGAUCCUACUUUAAGUCGAGUAGAAUGCAACCAGAAAAAGAAGACGAAGAAGGGAGACAGGAGAAUGCCUUCAACAACUAUCGAUCACUAAUACCAUCUGCUAACUAUAAGCAUAACACAACACGCAUACGGGGAUUAUUUACAAAAGAAUGUGAAUAUAAUCCACAUUCAUUCUGUUGUCUUCCAAGUCAACGACAGUGUAAUUUUACAGCGUCAAUAAAUCAAAGCAUUCCAAUGAAUUCGAUAAAUGAACAAGCGCACAACUGCCACUGUUAUCAUCAUAACUGUUGUAACUGUCAGUAUUCUAAUUCUCACUUCAAUGACCAACAUCAGAAAUGCUGUGGAUAUCAAGAAAGACAUAACAAUGCAUAUCAUAAGAAAAGCACUAGUAUUAGUAGUGGAAGUAAUAGUAGUAUACGUAGUAAUGGUAACACUUUAUCCAUGAAUGGCAGUGAUAAUAGCAGCCCAAACAGUGUAACAAGUAAUGACAGCGGUAAUCACAGCAAUAAUAGUUAUACUAAAUCAAUUAGAAAUAAAAAUGCUCACAUUAAUUUACGCCUAGUCAGUACUAGCAGUGGUAAUAAGCAAUCAGAUAGGCAGAAUUAUCCAAUGAAAUUUAUUAAACAAUUAAUUAGAAAUUGUAAUUCUGAUCAUAUACCUAUUGUAUUAAAUGUGAAUGUACCGAAGACCAAGUCAAGUUACUCGAAAAUGUCUAAAAACCUGUCAAAUGACACUACUGAUGAUGAAAAUAAUAAUUACGAGAGGAAAAAACAAUCCACCUCAAGAAUAAAACUAACUGAAUCCAUCACAGUGAACAGACUGCCUAAAAAAGAUUCACCGAAAGAAAUGAAUCAGCAAUCGAAGAAGAAUUCACAGAAUCAAUAUUCACCAACUGCUUCUGCUAAAGAAUCACCUCAGUCUAAAGUAACUAAACAUAAACGCAAAGGUAAAUUGAUGCGUAAACCCUCUUCUGACACUGAUGAUAAAGACGAUAAUAGUCAGUCGUCUCGUCAAAAUAAUUACUCGAAACUAUUCAAGAAUUUAAAAUAUAAAAAAUCUGUUAAAAGUCAAACAAAGCAAAAGCCUCAUCAGAUUCAUUCUAACGAGGCUGAAGACACGUUGAUGCAUGAGAAGAGUGUAGAUGAAAUGACUGAGACUAGUGAAUCAGAUAGAAUUCCUGUAAAAUUAAAUAGUAGUAAACCAGUUAAACCACACGAGGAUGAAUACAGCCCAAAAGAUAGCUAUAUUCUUAGACCUACUACUUCAACUGGUAUAAUAAAACAAAGUCCCAAACUGGAUGCUUUUAUAAAAUCUUCACGAAAAGACGACAAAAAUACUGAUAUGUAUUGUAAAAUUACUCCAUUGAAGCAGUCUUCAAAAACAUUCCACUCAGAUGGUAUGUCGCCUGAAGCAGUACGCUCAAAUCAAUUAUCGAAACAUAUUUUAUGCAAAAUUAAGUGUAAUAAACAUUCACCAAUGUCACAACCAACACCACCAGCACCAACACCACAGGGGAGUCAAGCAGCACAAUUAUUUGGUUUAAUAGAUUUCAGUAAGUGUGAAAAUCAGAUAAGAACAAGUCGAAGAUUUAAUGGUCUCAUCGAAGAUACUCAUGAUGGAGACGGUAAAGUCAGAGGGGAAUAUUAUACAACAGCAGCGGCUGAUGAUGAAACUAGACGUCCACUAACUCAGCAAUCAAGUGGUAGUGAUUCAAGAGAUUCAAUUCUCACUUGUUUUGUUAAAGCUGCAUCAAAACAUGUAGAAAAUGAAAUUGAUAAUAAUAUGCUGUUUACUCAAGUCAAAUUUAUUUCAGAUUCUGAUGAAGAAUAGUAGAUUUCAUUUAUGCAUUUUGUUUUACUGUGUAUUUGGACUGAUAGUAUCUGCCGGUUUUUAAUAUUGUUUGUUUUAACUGACAGGAUUUUGAUGAUAUACAGUGAGAAGUGAUGGACUGCCCAACACUGUCAUUUGAGUAUACAUAUGUGUAUAUAUGCAAUUUAUUUAUGGAUUUGUCACUUAAUUUAUUUCGACCAAACUGUUUU